UCGCGAGAACAGCCUCUGCUUCUGCUCUCUGUUCGGCGCUUGCUUGGUUAUUUGGAGUGUGUGCUUCAUGGCGGUAUCAGUGAAUGUGGGUGGUGAAGCUCUAAUGAUGAAGAAUGGACAGAGCACAGUGCCAAAGCUUGGCCUCCCUCUGCUUACUCCGGAGCAGCAGGAGGCGCUACAGAAGGCAAAGAAGUAUGCAAUGGAGCAGAGCAUCAAGAGUGUGCUGGUGAAGCAGACCAUUGCUCACCAGCAGCAGCAACUAACUAACCUCCAGAUGGCAGCAGUGACAAUGGGCUUUGGAGAUCCUCUCUCACCUUUACAAUCGAUGGCAGCCCAGCGGCAGCGUGCGCUAGCCAUCAUGUGUCGAGUUUACGUGGGCUCAAUUUACUAUGAGUUGGGGGAGGACACUGUCCGACAAGCUUUUGCUCAUUUUGGACCCAUCAAAAGCAUAGAUAUGUCCUGGGACUCGGUCACUAUGAAACACAAGGGAUUUGCCUUUGUCGAGUAUGAAGUCCCAGAGGCAGCACAGCUUGCCCUGGAACAGAUGAACUCGGUCAUGCUGGGAGGAAGAAACAUCAAGGUGGGCAGGCCAAGUAAUAUUGGACAGGCUCAGCCCAUCAUUGACCAGCUAGCAGAAGAGGCAAGGUCCUUUAACCGGAUCUACGUUGCAUCCGUACAUCCAGACCUGUCUGAUGAGGACAUCAAGAGUGUCUUUGAGGCUUUUGGGAAAAUCAAAUCCUGCAUGCUAGUCAGAGACCCCACUACAGGCAAACACAAAGGUUAUGGCUUUAUUGAAUAUGAAAAGUCUCAGUCGUCUCAGGAUGCUGUAUCUUCCAUGAACCGUUUUGAUCUGGGAGGUCAGUUACUGUGCGUCGGUAAAGCGGUCACUCCAGCCAAUGCACUUCUGGCCCCCAUGACGCCUGGAGGCUUACCGCCUGCUGCAGCAGUGGCAGCGGCAGCAGCGACAGCCAAGAUCACAGCGCAGGAAGCAGUAGCUGGAACCUCGGCACUGAAUGCGCUCACGACUCCAACACUGACGCUGGGACAGACAUUGGGACAAACAUUUGGACAGUCAUUGGGACAGCCGCUGGGGGCUCUACCCCAGGCAAUGAUGGCAGCACAAGCACUUGGCGUCUUCUCAGGUGUGAAUCAAAUGCAGCCACUCCUUCCAGUGAUACCACAGGUUGGGUUAGUGAACCCGGUCCUGUCCACCCCUCCAGCACUAGCGGCCGCCGCAAAGGCCAAGAAGGAGAAAGAGGAAGAGGUGGGAGCGGAUGGGGAGCGCACAGAGAUGCUGAGUGAACAGGAGCACAUGAGCAUCUCGGGCAGUAGUGCCAGACACAUGGUCAUGCAGAAACUGAUGAGAAAACAGGAGUCAACUGUGAUGGUGCUUCGGAACAUGGUUGGUCCCGAGGACAUUGAUGAUGAUCUUGAGGGCGAGGUGACAGAGGAGUGUGGGAAGUUCGGAGCAGUGAACCGUGUGAUCAUCUACCAGGAGAAGCAGGGGGAGGAGGAGGAUGCUGAGGUGAUCGUCAAGAUAUUUGUGGAGUUUUCAACGGCAACCGAGAUGGACAAAGGCAUCGAGGCGCUGAAUGGGCGCUGGUUUGGAGGCAGGAAAGUCAUUGCUGAGGUGUACGACGAGGAGCGCUUCAACAACAGCGACCUGUCCGCUUAAAUAUUUGCUCUCUUUUUAUUAAAUAUUGUUGAGGGGAGGGGGUGGGUGUAAAGAAACUAUUUUGUUUAUUUUGACCAUUCCAUAUUGUGAAGGAGUGGAUAUUCAUGAGAUGUUUCCUUUUUGUUUUUUUUCUGAAGUGCAGAGUAAAUAAUUCCAUUACCAACUGGAUAUUAGUACUUGUGUUCCUCUUAAUUUAUGCUUUAUAAAUAAAUAGAUAUAACCAGGAUAAAUCAUGUGGCAGCAUAUAACAUCUUUAAAUCUCAGAUCAGUCCCAGAAUAAAACUUUUGUUUUGAAA